CGCCCUCUCCUUGUCGAUGCUCCAUCUCCCCCCCUCUCACCGGUAUCUUGCUCUGCACCGCGGCCUAGCUCACAGCUCCCCACCAUCCUGAUUCAUGUCGCACCGCUAAUCCGCCUGCAGCAGCAGAGACACAAAGCUUCCAUUUUUAUGCGCCGGCGAUGCGCUGCUGGGCGAGGAGGAGCUGCAUCCGCGUGCGCUGGUGCUAGAUCUCAAUGCGCCGGCGCUCGAUCUGCUUUGUGGAGAGGCGUCAAGGAGGCGCUGAAGCGGAGCCCGAGCGGCGCCGGCGCGGGCGUGAAGACGGCGGCGUGGGGAGCUGGAGCCCGAGCGGGAGGAGUUGGAGCCGCAUCUGGACGUCGCCGUGAUGAGGAGCUGGAGCCUCAUCUGGACGCCGCCAUGAGCUGGACUUCCCCCGACCACGACGACCCCGACGCCUUGAGAAUAUGAAGACCGCCAUCACAGAGAGCCUCCUGCAUUGCUGAAACCUGAAUAUUACUUACUGCCAACAACUUGGGGGAAUUUUCUCCUCUCCUCUGCAACGGCGCCAUGCUGCCCUUGUAUAUCUGCUCUGCUAUCUUCACAUUAUUAUAUUUCGCACAUGUGCAGCAACCGACGGCUGCACAGAUCACAGCACCAUGGGAAGUCAAUGCUUUGAGAGCUAUAAGAGGCAGCUUGAGUGAUCCAAAUGGAUUUCUCAACAACUGGAACCGUGGAGAUCCAUGCGUCGCGAAUUGGACCCGUGUUAUCUGUUACAACGUAACAGCAAAAGAUGAUGGUUACUUCCAUGUGCAAGAACUGCAGCUUCUACGGUUGGGUUUAUCCGGGACUUUAGCUCCUGAGCUUGGCCAGCUUUCCCGCAUGAAAAUUAUGGAUUUCAUGUGGAACAAAAUCACUGGGAGCAUUCCUAAGGAGGUCGGCAACAUUACUUCUCUGGAACUAUUGCUCGUAAAUGGGAACCAGCUGUCUGGUUCUUUACCAGAUGAAAUUGGCCUCCUUCCUAAUCUUAACAGGAUUCAGAUUGAUCAGAACAAUAUAUCCGGACCCAUACCUAAAUCAUUCGCUAACCUGAACAAGACCAAGCACUUUCACAUGAACAACAAUUCAUUGAGUGGUCAGAUUCCACCUGAAUUGUCAAGGUUACCUUCACUUGUUCACAUGUUGUUGGAUAACAAUAACCUAUCGGGCUAUCUCCCUCCAGAAUUAGCGCAGCUACCGAAACUGCUCAUCAUCCAGCUAGACAAUAACAACUUCUCGGGAAGCUCGAUUCCUCCAUCUUAUGGCAAUAUCACCACACUUCUGAAAUUGAGUUUGAGGAACUGCAGCUUGGAAGGCCCUGCUCCUGAUGUCAGUGGAAUACCGCAGCUUGGCUACUUGAGCCGUCGUCGCCGGAGGGGAGCUUGGUACGAUACACAACGGCACCAGCUGAACCAGCCGCAGCUCCACGUGGGUGGACGUGGAGAAAUGCCCCCCACUGCCCAUUCUGAAUAUCUGAUGGGUAGGGUGUAUCAUAGAUAUGCCCGUGCCAAUCGCUGUAGGUAGCCAAGCUCAGAGUCG